UUGGAAGUAUAUCGAAAUGUCAAUUUCAGAGGCGUAUUAAAAAUAAAUUACAAUCACUACAUAAUAGUAAUCCACCAAUAUCCAUUAACUCUGAUAUUCAAUGUUCAUCACAAGUAAUAAAUUCUAUCACACUUUCAAAAGUUUCUUCCAAAGAAAUAUUUAUUCAAUUAAUUGUAUUCAAUCGUGUACUUCUAUGAACAUUAAUUUAACUAAUAAUGUGCAGACUAAUCAAUUUUGUAAUUUCACUGAUUUUUCUGAAGAUGUUCAGYACGUUGAAGAAGUGUUGUGUACAAAUAUUUUGAUUAAUGACAAAAACAAAGAUCUUGUGCAACAUCUUCGAAAAUGGACUGUGCAGUUCAACRUAUCUCACUCGUGUGCUAAUGAAAUGUUAAAAAUUCUGAGAAGUACAAGCCUACAAGUUCCUAAAGAUAUUAGAACAAUUCUACAAGAAUAUAAGGUUAUUAGACCUAUUUUUAAAAUAGAAAAUGGAUCAUAUCACUUAGGUAUUUACAAUAUUAUAAAACCUCAUUUGGUUAAAGAAAUAGAUAGCAUUCCUAAUAAUAUUACAAUAAAAUUGAGUUUUAGUAUUGAUGGUCUAAAGCUGGUAAAAGCUCUAAGACUAAGUUUUGGCCUAUUCUUCUAUCAUUUAUUAAUUACCAAAUUUUUCAAAUAAAAUAUUUCCAAUUGCUAUUUAUCACAGCU